UUCAGAAAACAGAAACAAAAAAAAAAAUAAGAAUAGAAUAGAAAGAAAACCUGAAUAAAUUAUAAAUAAUUUUACUACUAACCGACCGAAUUUCCCGAAUUUAAAUCAGUGCACUUCGUACAAGAAUUAAUAAUAAAUUAAAAGAAAAACCAAAAAAAUAAAAAUAAAAAAAAAAUGUCACAAAAAAAGGCGGCAACACUUGGGCAAAAAAUUGUGGAGAACUUGAAGAGUAAAGAAAUGCGCGAUUACUUUAUGAGCACACAUUUUUGGGGUCCAGUGGCUAAUUGGGGCAUUCCAUUGGCUGCGAUAGCUGAUAUCCGAAGUGAUCCAAAAUAUAUCUCCGGCAAAAUGACUUUGGCUCUUACAGUUUACUCGGGGGUGUUUAUGCGUUUCGCUUUAAAAGUGAAACCGAAAAAUAUGCUACUUUUUGCCUGCCAUGUAACUAAUGCUACCGUACAAACAAUACAAGGCGUACGCUAUAUCAAAUAUCAAUUUUCAUCUGAUAAAAAGUCGAUCGCCGUACCUUCUGCCACUAUGUAACAAAGAUUUCUAAUGGCGAACCAUCUAAUAUGAGAGUUUUUUGUUUUGCAGACGUAUCGACGGAAUCCUUUUUGUUCUUUCGCACGUUCGUUCUAGGUUUUAUAAUAGUAAUUUCGCCAAAAAUCUAUUGCAUUACAAUUUUCUAAACCACAAAGUUUGUUUAGUCCUUGUUCUCAAAAAAAAAAAAAAAAAAAAAAAAGAAUAAUAAUAAUCUUAAGUUAAUUAAACUUAAGUUUUUUCCCUUAAUAUCAUUUUAGAUCAAUCAAAAAAUAUUGAGCCUUACAACACAGAUGACGUUAGUUGCGUUCGUUAGCAUCUAAUGCCAGAAUAUAUUUUCUAGAUUAUCCUAUACAUAUGUUGUACCCCAUUUAUAGUCUGGGCUAUUCAAUGUUAUACCCGAAAGCUUUUUUCUACAUAUCGCUCCGUUAAGUUAGACAGAUUAGUCAAAAAUCUUUAAGCUUUCAAAAAUCGAUAGCUUCGGUGACCAUUAGCCUUAAAUGAAUGCAUAAAAACAGUAGUUUUUUUCAAUUUUUCUGGAGGCUUAAUGUUUUUACACAAGCUUAUAUAUAUAUCUCAUUUAUUAUAUAUCUGAUGUGAUAUCUGAGAGGAGUUUUUCCAAUUUUUAUAUUAGUUUACAGACCUUGCUUACCCUUACGCACACACAGGUAGCAUCAGUUGCUAACAGUACAAAGAUAUUACUUGUUCUUACGUUUUUCUUGAGUUUUCUGUAGGCUCAAUAUAUAUAUAUAUAUAUAUAUACCACAUAUGUAUAUAUAUGUACCACACAUAUAUAUAUACCACAGAUUUUUGUAGAUAAAUACGUUUUGGAUAUACACUGGUAGAUAGAAAAAUAGAUGGGAGGUAUGUUUUUCAGUUCUAUGCCGUAGAAAUUGUAAGAAGUACCCACGUGAAUUAGUUCCUGCAGUAAAAAUUUGAGGGUUUUAGUAGGUUUUUCAGCUGGACAGUGAAAUAGGUGCUUGAUCUUUAAAGUCGUGAAAUAAAUUGUUUUGGAGAAUUUUACUGUUAAGGUAAAUUAUAUAAAUAUCAGGCAGGCCGAGCACAUUAUUGUAGCCGACAAGGAGGAUGGCUAAAUCAUUAGUUUUGAAAUCAAGGAAUGACGUGCAAAUUUAUUGCCGAUUGUCGCGUGUUCUUUAAACCUCCAAAAAAGAGGGCUGAGAGGCGAGGAGCAGAAGGAAAACUUCUCCUGCUUCCAAUAAUAGCAUAAUUUUAGCAAAUCGAGAUGCUUUCAAGUUGUCUAGAGCAAUCGCCAAUGAAAUUCGGAAACCUGCAUCAUCACGAACUAUUCGUCGACGUUUAUUAGAUGCCCAUCCACGAAGAAGAAUAGCUCGGAAAGGUCCUUGGCUUAGAAAAAAAGGAGAAGAGGAAAGACUGUCCUUUAACCUCCAAAAAUUGAUGCAAAUCGGAAGGCGAAGAAAAGUGAAAAAAUAUUGUUUGGAACAACGAAAAAAUAUAAAUAUGUUAGGGAAUGAUGUGAGCAGAAGUGUAGUUCGGUCAAAAGGAAAAACACUCCGCAUUAGAUUUACUAAAAGAACGGUAAACGGCGGGAAAAAUCUUAUAUUUCCACAUGGAAACAUGUGUUAUUUUUAAAA